CCUGUCAAAGUCCAAUAACAUUGUUGGCCAUGAGAAACUCGGUAUGAAGUGAUCCUGAUCCCGUGAAUGUGUCAAUCUUAAAUAUAUGAACAAGUGAUGGUACUCGUAAAGAAGAACUAACGAGUCAUCAAAAUGGCGUUCCUGGGAAUAUCUUGGACCACAAUUGCGCUGACCGCUGUGGCAGGAUAUUUACUGACUGUAAUAGUAAGGAAGUAUCUCGGUUACCGCCGGGAUGUCAACUUGCUAUGCAAACUUCCUGGCAUGGAGACGGAGUUCUUGUUCGGGAAUUCCCGACAGAUGCCUGACCUUUGCGAGGCGGGCCUGAAGUGGAUGCGGGAGAACUGCGGGUUGCGGCCCCGAAUUUCCAUCGGCUGGAUGGGGCCCUUUAUUGGCAUGGUGAAUGUCGUCCAUCCGGAUACCGUAAAGGUCGUCCUUAAAAGCUCAAUACCAAAGAGCCGGAACGUAUAUCAGCUGGUGGAGUCGUGGCUGGGACAGGGUCUUCUGGUGAGUAACGGCCGGAAGUGGGCGCGCAGCCGCCGCCUCCUCACGCCGGCCUUCCACUUCGACAUCCUCAAACAGUACCUCCUCGUGAAGAACAACGCUGCCGGUGUCCUUGUGAACAAAAUGCAGAAGUACGCCGAUGAAGGGGAGUAUUUUGAGGUGUUUUCGGACGUGUGUCUGUUUUCACUGGACGUCAUCCUGCAAUGUGCAUUUUCGUAUGAAAGUGACUGUCAAAACGUUGGGACAAACCACCCGUACAUACAGGCCGUGUCAGAGCUCAAUGAGUUGCUAGCCGACAGAUUCUUUAAGUUCUGGCUGUACCCCGACUUCCUUUAUUACCUGACAUCCAAGGGCCGUCGCUGGAAGCGAGCAUGUAAUCUCGUGCACACCGUCGCAGAGAAAAUUAUUGCAGACCGCAAACAAAAACUGGAUGAGGAGCGGUGUGCGGGUCGGGAGACCCCGUGCCGGGACUUCCUUGGGAUCCUGCUCACGGCCCAGGACGAGGAUGGGACGGGCCUCACUCCGGGGGAGAUCAGGAACGAGGUCGACACAUUCCUUUUUGAAGGCCAUGAUACAACUACAAGCGGAACUUCGUGGAUUUUGUAUUCCAUAGCGAAAUACUCGGAUGUUCAGAAGAAACUACACGAAGAAAUAGACCAAGUGUUCGGAGACAGGCAAUCAGAAGACAUUACAUGGGAGGACCUGUCUUGCCUGCCGUACAUGACAAUGGUGAUCAAAGAGUCCCUGCGUCUCAACCCGCCCGUUACCUUCAUCCAGCGCGUAACGGACGAGCCCGUGGACAUCGGCGGCUUCCGGAUCCCGGCCGCCACCAACAUCAACAUUAUCGUCUACAAUAUCUUAAACAACCCCACAGUCUGGAAAAACUCACAAGAGUUUAUCCCUGAGCGCUUCUCGCCUGAAAACACGGACGCCCGAGACCCGUUCGCAUUCGUCCCCUUCUCGGCCGGGCCCAGAAACUGUAUCGGGCAAAUCUUCGCCAUGAACGAGAUGAAAACAGUCGUUGCUAGAAUAAUGAGAAGGUUCUGGUUGGAGUUGGAUCCUGACCACGUGGUUCAGCGACAACUGGGGGCGGUCCUGCGCUCUAAAAACGGCAUCCGGGUGCGAGCUGUCCCGCGCAAACUCCGGUGACACCAACACAAGUACCGCUCUAGGACUGUGAUGUUUUAAAUAGAUCAAUGCUCUGGGACACGUUUGCUGCUGAUAUUGGUUUCCAAAUGAAGACGACGAUUAUAAUAGUAGUCCGAAAGUGAUAGAUAUUUUAUGUCCCCGUUCUAGCAUCUGUAUUUUUGUGUGCAUAUUUGUUCAUAAAUAUGUUAAAAGUAUAUUGACAUCAGAAACAGUAUUACUGUGUAUAUUGUUUAUUUCCGUGAUCCGUUCUACUUGUGUUUAAGUUAAUUUUUAAGUGAUCAAACUCUUUAAAUUGUAACGUUUGUGUGUGUUAAAAUAAAUCUUGAAU